CCGGCCCCAGCCUGUCUGCCUUGCAAGAUAGCAGCUUCUCAAGAUGGAUGUGGAGAAAUUGAUCCUGCUGAUCCAGGAACGUCCUCUGCUUUGGGACACUCGAACAGAGGAAUAUCACGACCGCAUGUGCAAGGAGCGGGCAUGGGACGAGGUGACCCGUGACAUGUUGCCCAGAGAGUGGGAGAAGGGCACUUCCUCCAAACGCCGAAAAUUAGUCCAACGCUUAAAGACUCGCUGGCAGUCGUGCCGGGAUCAGUUCCGCCGGGAACGAGUUCAGGCCAUGGGCAAAAGUGGUGAUGGAGGCGUCCGAAAGAAGCCAUACCUUUAUACCCGGCAGUUGGCUUUCUUAAAGCCAGUGCUGGACCUUAGGCCCACCGUUGACAGCCUGGAAGAGCAGAGAGGCCUGGAGUCUACAACCAGUGAUGAGGAGCGUGUGGCUGCUCCCCAGGAUUCCCCUUCUCUGGCCACUGAAGAGCCACUACUGUCGCAACCGUUGGAUCCGGCAGAGAGGGAGGAGUCUUCUGCUGUGGAGGUUGGGGCUGAGGUUCAUUCGAGCCCCGAACCUUUAUUAAGGAGACUAUCACGGCGGAGAAGGGGCGCACCACAGCCUGCCGAACCUGCCUUAAAUACUCGAGCCAUUGUUGAAAGUCAGGUGCUCGAGUAUUUAAGGCAGAGAAGGAUUGAGGGCAAGGAAGAAAGAAUGCUCAGUGGCCUAGCGCCACUUAUCGAACCUUUGUCUGCUGAAAAGCAAGAUAUAUUUGUUUCGGUUAUGGCUACUGUAGCCAACAUUCUAAAAAGCCCUAUGGACCCAGUGGAGCUAGUGCGGGCAGUCCAUAAUGUACAUUGUCGGGCUUUAACUAUAAGCGUUGGCACAUCAGCCCAACCAGGGCCCAGUAUGUAUUUCCAGCAGCCCAUCCAGCAAACUUAUUCCUAGCCCCUAUUUUCUCAGGAACAUGAUUUUGCCCCUCGACCCCCUUGUCCUGUACCAAGGAUUAGAUACCCACCACCCCCUAAUGUGGCUGGCCCAAGCACACAGGGCCCUUUUAUGCGGGAAUUAUCCGAAAUGUAAUUUGUUUUUUGUUUAUUUGUUGGGUAUUUGAUAGCUGAAUAU